AUGUCACGACUGUCUAUGUUCCAAUCCAGUUUGAGCCGCCAUGCACACUAUCGGUUGCCAAUGAUGAUGCCAAUGCCGACUCCAGAGCUGGCAUUAAAGAAGGCUGGUAUGUCUAUGCAGAGAAUAGAGCUCGUGACUGGUGAGGAGACGAGGGCAAAGGAGGCCACGCUUGAACUUAUCAUUGCAGAAAAUGCCGAGCAUGUGCUCAAGUGCAAUAGUGUGGGCAUCAAGGUCCCAGAAAUAGCCAGUGAACAGAAAUGCAGAGCUAAAUGGGAUAUCUUUGGAGGGCUCCCAGGAAAUGCCAAGCAGGCUCAAAAUCGCAUCAACAUCAGCUAUAUUAAAGUCAAAGAUUGGAUUGAAGCCUCUGAACCAAACUCAACCUCCAUUGUGAUGGUGACCACUGAGCUUGGAGAUAAGAGUGGCCCACUUCUGGUGCAAAGUGUUGUAGGUGUUGAUGCAGUCACGACGUAUGCAGAGAAAAGCAUGGUUGUCCACCCAUUUCAUCACUGGGCCAACACCGCAAAAACAAAACAUGUCGGUGGAGGCAUCAGUGAUAUAUCCAAACUGACCACAACUAGGCAACAUGCUGAAGGCCAUGUUAGAGUCGACCAUGAACUCGUUGUUGUCAUUCAGCCGUAUAACAGUGCCUGGCAAUUGGGAAGGAUGUAG